GAGGAGCGCAGUCUGUCCGCAGACCAGCAGCUCUCCGCCUCUUCGUGUCCGGUGCCACCGCCCCAGGAGGACUCGUGUGCGGGUGUCUGUGGCCGGCUAGCCUGCGAGCCUUGCUGGAGACCUACACAUUGUGCGUGACGCCAAGACAUUGGGAGCGCGACAGCAAUGGCCGGCCCCUGGAUGACCGCGACGGCGCUGUCUCUCCUGGUGCUCGCUGCGAGCGCGAGGUACGGCAGGGACCCGGCGGACGGGCAGAGCGAGUCGCGGCUGCUGACGGCGCUGGGCGAGGUGGCGCAGGCGCUGCAGCAGCUGGAGAACACCACCACCAAGUCGCUCAAGUUCCACCGCCAGAACAGCGACGUGCUGCACCAGUCGCUGCGCAUCCUGCGGCACAACGGCGAGGUGCUGGAGUCGCUGUGGAGGCUGCCCGCCAGCAUAAAAGAUGAACUCAACGAGCAGAAUGGAAGAGUGGUAGAACUAGUGAGGAACGCUUCUGGUAAUGUGGAAAGGCUCACUCGAGAGAACGAACACUUGAAAACGGAGCUCGAGAAGAAAGAAGAAGAGGUCAACCAAUUAGCAGCGGACCUGGAUACAGCAAAGGAGAAAAAUGAACACCUUUCCUUGAAGAUGCAGAAUCUGGGAAGAGCCCUUGAAGAGUCGGAGCGCGAAUUGGAAGAACUGAGGCAACGAGAGGAAUUCCUUAACGACACUGUGACGAAACAGAGCAAGUUGAUAGCAGACAUUCAUCCAUUGGUGGUGCAACUCAACGUUACCAAACUGGUGUCGCGGUUCGCGCACUCCAAGGACUGGAAGGCGCUGCGCAAGGGCCUGGAGGCGGUGCUGGAGGAGGGCGCGGCCCGGCGACAGCUGCUGAACGUGUCCUACGACACGGAGGCGCCGCUGUGGGAGGCGGGGCUGCACGGCUACAGCGAGCUGGCGGGGCUGCUGCUGACCGGGGGACGGGACCCGGACCUGGCCGACGCCGAGGGCUGCACCUUGCUGCACGGCGCGGCGCAGGGCGGCCACACCGGCCUGGCCAGGCUGCUGCUGGCCCGCGGGGCGGACCCCGAGGCGCGCGCGGGCCGCACGGCCUGGACGCCCCUGGUGUACGCCGCGCGCUGGGACCGCCUCGCCGUGCUCAAGCUGCUGAAGGAGCGCGGCGCCGACCUCAACUCCGCGACCAGCGACGGCGAGACGGCACUGCACUGGGCCGCGUGGGAGGGCCACCUCGAGGUGGUGCGCUACCUCGUGGCCACCGGCGCCAGCACCACCGUGCGCAACCACUGGGGGCGCACGCCCCUGGAGAACGCGCGUCUGCACGGCCAGACGGCCGUCGUCGAGUACCUGUCGCAGUUCCCGCACUAGCCGCGCCUUAUUCCCUAUCUCUUUAGAUCCUAGCAGUCUUCUUCACGAGCCCUUUUCCGCCUAGCUGUCUUCAUCAUGAGCCCUUUUCCUCCUAUCUAUAUUCUUCAUGAGUUAUUUUACUCAUAGCUUCGUCUUCACGGGCUCUUUUCCGUCUAGCUGUCUUAUUCACAAGCUCUUUUCCUCCUAUCUAUAGUCUUCACGAGUUAUUUAACUCCUAGCUUCGUCUUCACGGGCUCUUUUCCGUCUAGCUGUCUUCAUGAACUCUUUUAAUCCCAUCUGUCUCCUUCAUUAGCUCUUUUCAUCCUAGCUGUCUUCUUCAUGAGCUUUUUUUUCAUCCUAGCUGUCUUCUAACCGAACCUUUUUCUUCCCCACUGUCUUCUUCACGAGCUCUUUUCUUCCUCUCUGUGUUCUUUCCCCCUUUUUUUCUUUCUCGCCGUCUUCUUCCCAAGCUCUUUCUUUCUUCUUCACUGUCUUCUUCCCGAGAUCUCUUUUCCUUGUUGUGUUCUCCGUAAACGAAAUUGAAACCUGCAAACAUAAUUAUCAUGUUAUUUCAAAAGCAUGCAGUCAGAACACAGAGACGGUUGAACAUUUACAAAGUCUUAUUUUUGAAGAAAAUUAUUUUGAACAUUUAUUAAUUUCUAAUUUUUAUUUAUGCAGUAAUACAUGUUGCUACUAUAAAAUGUGGCAGCAAAAUAUGUGAAAUUUUUUAAUUGCUAUGGUAGAAAUUUUCACAUGAUUAAAGAAUUCAAAAAACAAAGUUUAAAAUAUUUAUUAACGUCUAAAAUUAUUACAUGCUCUGUAACUAAACAUAGUUGAAAAUUUUUUGGUUCUGUUUUCUAAAGUGAUGUGUACAGGAAUAAGUUGCAGAGGCAUAAUUUAGUUUCUGCACCUGCAUGCUGACUAAUACGUUGGAGGGGGGAGGGGAAAGUCAGUUAAAGUGAUCCACUGCCCCAGACAUCUAAAAUUACUUUAAUUCAUCUUGAUUAAGGCUACAAUCCCAAUAAUAAAUUUAUUUUAUUUCAUAGAGACCAUCACAUCUUCAGGCCACAAACAUACAGGAUUUGAAUACACUGUUUUCAGUAGUGAUUUUGUACUGUUACCUACUCUAUGAUAAAUUUUUUAAUGUCUGAGGUUUAAAAUAAUAGUUCUUUAAAUAAUUUACUAGAAUUUUACCUAUUUAUUAUAACGAUUUUUCGUGCCUUAAUUAUGUAUGCGUAUUUUUAGGAAAUUUUUUUUAUGUUUUUCGGUUUCCAUAAUUUUAAGGCAAUUCAAAUGGCAACGGUUACGUGAUUUAUUUUUAAGUACCAGCCUUCAAAACGUCACUUAUUUCAGUUUAAUUUACGGUGAAAUUAUCGGAGAUACCCCAAAGUUUUGUCAUAAAAUGGUUAGCUUAAACAUGUGUGUAUUUUUUGCUUCUGCACGUGAGAGGUGAAUAUAAUUAAGGCUCACUUGUAUUAAUAAAUAAUAACAACUAUUUUAUUAUUAGCCUACAUGGUGUUAUUAAAUUGAAGUUUUCCGUAAAAUUGUGUGCAGUGUUACGAUUUAAAUCUUGCGGUAGUAAAAUAGAAUAGUCUAAUCACAUCUGGAAGAGCCUGGGUUGGAAUCUUGCUUCACACAUACUGAUCUCGGUUUUCGAUGAUUUCCCAGCAAGCACUCCACGCAAACUCUCGGAUGCCCCCGCCAAAUGCCAUAACUAAUGUCUUAUCCUGUUCCGUUCAUUUUAUUUUUAGUGUUUGUGAAAUUUUACGAAGUACAGUACAUACAUUUUAAUAAAUAAUUCUUAUGUGGGAGGCUGUGAUCCUGUGAUUGAGGAAUCACAAUAGCGCAUAGGACGUGACGCGAUGCGACAGAAAAAUAUCGCGAUACUGUAAACACGCAGUUUUUUACCCGCGUGACGAACAUAAACAAACGAUUAUAUUAUACAAAAUCAUUAUAUAAAUAUAUAAAUAUUAUAUAUAUUAUAGCCUACACUUAACAUGCCACAUCUAUAAAUGUUUACAAGGUUUUUGUCAUUGACAUAUUUGAGAUAAAUAUGUUUAAUUCAGAUCUUACAUUCAUUUGCAAACAUUACUGUGUGUGAAAAAUUAUGAGUUGCUUUUUUGUACCAUCGCGCCAGUGAAGUGAAGUAAAUAUACAAUCUUUCUAAUCGGACAGUCUGUUGCACUCGCGAAAUUUUGUAGCGCCGAAUUCACAGAUGUAUCCGACGUGAUUGGUUGAAAAUUAUUUUACUUGCGUCGUGUCCGUUGCGUCGCACCCGUACCGCCGUUGCGAGUAAGCGAAACACACAGGCGCUCAGGUGCUUAGGCGCUCAACGCUCAGGUUCUCAGACGCUCAGGUUCUCAGACGCUCAGGCCUUCCGAUGUUCACGCACUCAGGCACUCAGACGUUUAGACAAUACGACGCUCAUACGCUCAGGUGCUUAGUCACUCCUGCGCCCAGUCACUCUCAUGCUCAGACGCUCAGGCGCUUACUCUCUCAGACGCUCAGGCACUCGGACGCUUAGGCUCUCAGGUUCUCAAACGCUCUGAUUAUCAGGCUCCCAGGCACUCAUAUGCUCAGACGCUCUGACUCAAACGCUCAGACGCUCUGACACUCAGGCUCUCAUGUGCAUAUACGCUCAGACGCUCAGGCGCUCACGGAGUGUAUACAUGCACGCAUUCAUAGCAGACCUGAAACAACCUCAACUCUUGCGCUAAAGGACGUUUAACAUUGACCUCUUUAAAAUAUAUGUUUGUUCGAUACAAAGUUUUUUUUGUAUACUAUGAAAUAUUUGAGGUAUUUUUCCAUGGAGUAGAUGUCUGGUCUAAUGUCUAAGUCAUCUGGUUAGCAGUUGGACACCAACACAAACUAUAUCUGUAAAAAUGUUAUCAUUAUGUGAGUAUUGUUAAACAAACACGAUAACAAAAACAGCACGUAAUUAGGCGUUAAACUUCAUUAUAACCAUGGAGUUAGGAAUUGUCAGGAGACGGCAUGCUGUGACGUAGUUGCAGUCACUUUUUAACCUCGCCAUCGCUGUACUGUUCUGUCCAAAACCUUGUGGAGAUGGCGCUUUAUGGCGUCUGUUGGUGGUUAGUAAGUAUGAAUUAACUCUCCGACGUUAAAACAAUUUACUUUUAUUAUUUUUAAAUUUAAUACUGUUUCUACGAUGCAAACACUAAACUUCAGCCAAAGUUUUAAGCGUCUAACCGUUACGGCGCAACAACUAGCUGAAGGAAAAAAAAAAGCUUCACACACUUACCAUGUUAACCCUGAUUAAAAAAAAAACUCGCUAUCCAGGUGGGAAACGGGGUGGGUGUUCGUUCGCUUUUUGACUUCAGUUGUUAAUAAACCAGAGAUUGCGAGCCCCACUUCCUCCCUAACUUCUCACCUCACUGCAAUUCAGUUGUUUGUUGCUCUAGCUCAAUUUAAUGAGUAAAAAAAAAAUGUACCUUUCGCUUCUCUUAACGAAGUACAGCUGGGUUGUAAAAUAAUUUUUGUUGAGCCAAAUCAUCUAUUCUACUUAAAACUAUUUGUUUGACUCAAUUAUAUAUAUAUAAUCAUUUACAAACAAAUAUUUGGUUGAGGCUUUAAACCUGCUGGGUAAUAUUAGGUUGAAGGGUGUCCAUCAUGAAUAUUUUAUGUUUAUCCAAGAGUUUUUUUCUUAUAAUUUUAAUAUUCCGCCAGAACUUGCAAAACAAAUGAUCUCUAAAAUUAAUUAGAGCAAAAACUCAAUAUUUAAAAUAAACAAAACCAUUUUUCGUUUUAAAAUUACGUCUACCUCUCUCACCAUUAGUGUGUAAUUUAUGGAGGCUUAAAGAACUUAUACAGGGCGCUAGAAUUACAAGAAUUUUAUUUAUAUAAAUGUAUCUUAAUAACGUUCUCUUGUUGAAUGUAAUAAAAAUGUUACUAUCAAGACUUAGUAUUUUCGAUAGUUAAAAUUUUAGACUUUAUGUUAUUUCGUUAGUAUGUGACACAAAUUUAUGUACUAUUUUAGUUUUCAUAUAUUACAGACAGUUAAUUUAUCACACAAAACAAUAUAAACUGGCCAUAGAUAUUACUUGGAUGUCAAAAACCAUUUAUGUAUUUUUAUAUCUAUGUCUGAUAAUUUGUCAUUAAAAUCUAUUAACUUGAGAAUGAUAAAAAUUGUGAAUUUCAAA